UCUCUGGCUGUGGAAAUACUGCAGCCCCCUGGUCUAUGUCUGGAUCUCUUUCUUGCUCGGAGCCGACUCAAGUCCCUCCUACCGGCUGUGGAAGGAGGAGGCAGUCAGCUCAUAGUGUAGGACGAGCCCCCUUUACCGCCCUGUUACAGUGUGGUAGAGAGAGAGAGAGAGCGAGAGAGAGAGAGAGGCAGGCUGCUGGGAGGAGUGACUGAGAGCGAAGCAGGCAAGAAGAAACAAGGAACACAUUUUAGAAGAGCAGGAAAAGGGAGAAUCGCAGACAGGAGACUCUCUGGAUUGUCUGUCUGUUGGGCACCUGGGACACUGUCAUUGUGCUUCUCAUUAUAUAUUUUUUCUCUCUUCUGCUCUGAACCAUUGGACCGGUGGAGAUUCUUUUUUUUCUUGGUGCCAUAUCAAUUAGGAGCUGGGAUUGUUUCUGUGUAAUCUGCUCUUCUCUGGCUGAACUGUUACACACUGAGAUUGCUUCUUUGGUUUGUUCCUGCCUGAUACUGACUCUUCCCAAAGUGUAUCUGUUAGCACGCCGCUGAGGAUAUAUCCUGUGUCCGACAAUUCAACACAGAGCAGCUGGGAUAUCAGACUACAGAGGAGAGAGAGGGAGAGAGAGAGAGAGCUGUGAGAGAGAGCAGCAGAUUGAGCGACAGAGAGUGUGAGAGAGAUUGAAACCGAGGAGCGAGCCAGUGAGGGACAGACAGGACAGGCAGCAGCGUCCGUUUGUAACACUCCAGGAGAUUUAACUAAAAGGCGUCGUCAGGCAGGAGCUACCCCCACAGAGGCAACCCCUCUCCCAGCCACUCUCCGUCAGACGAACCCUGCCUGCUCUCCGGAGGACCAGCAGUGAUACAAGACACCAGUGUGGACGGGAAAAAUAAGGGACCUACAGUCAGAGAGCCAAGCCCCAGUACUACUAACGCUCGUCCGACCGCCUCCGCGCAACCAUUCCCUGCCACGGCGCUAAGGAUUCCAGCUACAUGGGCAAGCGAUUGGAACAGCAACCAAUGUACCCUCAGUACACAUACUACUACCCCCACUACCUCCAGACCAAGCAGCCCUAUGCUCCACCCCUCCACCCCAUGGCUCCGCCCAGCCCCAGCCACAACAGCUGCAGUCACGGCGGAUCCGAGCAGCUGAGUAAAACUAACCUGUACAUCCGAGGCCUGCCCCCAGGGACCACGGACCAGGAUCUCAUCAAGCUCUGCCAACCAUAUGGAAAAAUUGUGUCAACCAAGGCGAUCCUGGACAAGAACACCAACCAGUGCAAAGGAUAUGGCUUUGUGGACUUUGAUAGCCCAGCUGCAGCACAAAAGGCGGUGUCGUCUCUCAAAGCCACCGGGGUGCAGGCUCAAAUGGCUAAGGUAAGAACUGUUAGCACGUUAGCAUCGUUGCUCAGUAGGCUAAUAUAAGAUAGGCUCAAAUGGCUAAGGUAAGGACUAUUAGCACAUUAGCAUUGUUGCUCUAUAGGCUAAUAUAAGACAGGCUCAAAUGGCUAAGAUAAGAACUGUUAGCACGUUAGCAUUGUUUCUCAGUAGGCUAAUAUAAGAUAGGCUCAAAUGGCUAAGGUAAGAACUGUUAGCACGUUAGCAUCGUUGCUCUAUAGGCUAAUAUAAGACAGGCUCAAAUGGCUAAGAUAAGAACUGUUAGCACGUUAGCAUCGUUGCUCAGUAGGCUAAUAUAAGACAGGCUCAAAUGGCUAAGGUAAGAACUGUCAGCACGUUAGCAUCGUUGCUCUAUAGGCUAAUAUAAGACAGGCUCAAAUAGCUACGGUAAGAACUGUUAGCAUGUUAGCAUCGUUGCUCUAUAGGCUAAUAUAAGACAGGCUCAAAUAGCCUCGGUAAGGAGCUGUUAGAAUGUUAGCGUCCUUCGAUGACUUACACCCAUUGCAUACACUACAAUAUAAAAAUAUUUAAAGUUGCAUGGUCUUGGAGAGAAUCCCCAGACCCCUAUCCAGAUACAGACCCAGAAACAGACCGUGAUGUGGUAAUGUGUGUGAGAUGGUGGGAGGACACUCUAGCCAGCAGAAGGGGAGUUUAAAUAUGUUUUAUAUGUUUCCAAUGUGUCUGUCUCCCAUCUCUUCCCUAACUACUACACAGUGUAUGACAGGGGCAGUGCUGUGGCCAUAUACAGUUCAGCACCAUUGUGUGUGUGUGUGUGUGUGCACCUGCGUGCGUGCAUGCUUUCUCCUGCUGCUGGUGCCCUGUGGUGGACACUGUGUCAAUUAGACUGUGCUCUGGUUGUGGUGCGCCCGCCUGUCAGGUGCUCUUUGAUAUGAUUGUGUGAAAGUGGAAGCAGAUGAGAGGAGCUGGAACAUGAGAGACCCCGGUGAGCUCCACAGCUUGAGACAGUAAAUACCAUACCAUACAAUAAGGCCAGCUAGCCAGAGGCUUAAUUGAACAUUUAAAUCUUCACUUGUUUUGAUGCUGCUGGCAUUGGUGCUGAUUAGAACUGUGGUGAUGAGGAGGAGGAAGAUGAGAGAGAUAUUUCCAUUUUUAUUCACAAUUCCAAUAAUGAUGAUGGUCAGGAUGACGAUGCCAGAAAUGAUGAUGAAGAUUACACCCCGGUUAUUGUGGUAGAAAAAUAAUGGGAGCAGCUAGGAGAGAUGAUAUCCUGCUAGGUGCUCAAGUAUGCCAUCUCUCAAAUGCACAAUUUACCCAUUUCCUCUCUUCACAAAGUGUCUGUCCUUCCUCUAAUAUUUAUAAGAGGCUACACACAGAGACUAGAGAUUAGGGUCUAUGCUCUUUCCCAGUUUAAUUGAAAGCCUUUUCUUUGUAUUGCUUUCUUUUGUCAAUCAACAUUCCCAGCUGACCUUUUUAAAUAGUGUUUUGUGGGUGUGGGUAGUGGGAGGGGGUUGCUCUUGAAUGUUUCCCCCCGCAUGACUGAAGCGUCUGGCUUUCUUUACUCCGGUCUUUUUAUCCUACGUCUGAGAGACAUUAAGGGGUCCUUUGGUUUUUAUUGACUCUCUCUGUAUCUCUUGUCUACUCACUCGCUCUUCCACUUGCUCUCUAUCUCUCGCUAGUUGUCUCUUUCCCACAUAAACACACAGCCACACACACGCCUAAACACGUCCCUGUCUGCCAUGGGUUCGACCGCCAUAUAUUCAACGAGCGCAAUUUAGUCCCAUCCGUAAUUAACGUUGCCUAUCUGUAGCUGUGACUUUGAAACAUCUAUCGGGUUCGCCCCAGAGGCAUCAAACAGGAACCCCGGUGAGCAUCAUCCUGCAGGUGUAAAUCAUGGCGGCGACGGCUGCCACCCCGAUGACCGAAUGCGGUCAUGCUGGGGCUCAUUCUUAUCAUUCUCCCCUUCCCAAGGCUCCGUUUUGUUACGUAGAUCUCCCGCGACAAAGUCACAUACGGAAUUGGGAAUCAGAGCCGGAGGCUUUGAGCUCAUGAAAUAAAACCGUCCGAGUAAUCAAGCUCCGCCUGCUUUUCCCGCCGCAGUGCCAUUUAAAAGGCUUUUAUUAAGGGGCCUUAUUUUAAACACAGUUGCGAGGGAGGGAAGAGGAGGGAAGAGAAAUGGUUAUUUAUUUCCUCCUCCUCCUUCCUUUGUCUGGAUGUCCCCCUCGGAAUUGGUAAAUAAAAGGAAACAUUGGUUUCCUUUUAUUUCCUCCUCCCCGUUGGGGACUGUGACAGCAUGAAUGAGGAUGAGAACCAUAAUGAAGGUACCUGAAGGACACUUCCUUGUGGCUCCCUCGCUGUCAGUCACCUACAAAGAAGCAGCUUGGGCAAGAGUAUGUGUGUGUGUGUGUGUGUGUGUGUGUGCGUGCGUCUGUGUGUGUUCAUCAGUGGAGUGGGGUGGGGGAGGGAGGGGCCCUCGCGCCUAGCUGGUAGGGAGGGGCCCUCACACCUAGCUGAAGACUUCAUUCGCCGUGUCACUGUGUGCCGAACGCUUUUUCUCCCUGCGUGAAGACAGAUGCUAAAAAGAGACACCAGGAUAACAAGUAAACGGUCCGUGUCGCCCAUCGCCGAUGCAAACCUGUCAAGGAGCUCUCCUCCUCAACUCCCCGCAGGCUGCCAUUUUCCCCUUGAGCCAAUCACACUGAAUUAUGGGGUGAGAGCCCUCGAUUGUGGUGUCAGUGUCGGAGAAGCAAUUCCACCUGACAGCUGCUAGCUCUCAGACAACAACCCAGUCUUUAUGUAAAUCAUCUCCCUACCUUUGUCGUUGUUUGUCUUAUGGUUGCCGCGAUGAAAGCAAAGCUCUCCCUUUCUUUCUUUCUCUCUCUCU